AGAUGCUGAACUAUUAAACACCAAGCCAAGAUGUCUGCUUUAAAAUUUGUCAAUUCUGUCUGGCAGUCCUUUCGGGCCACAUCCGGUCUAGAGCCGAGACUUUUGGAUGGUCUCAGAGUGACUGCUGCUCGUCCUGGUGUCGUGAACUUUGAACUUGACAUUGAGAAGCAGCAUACGAACAGGUUAAGCAUUUUACAUGGUGGCACUAUUGCCAGUAUGGUCGAUCUUGGUGGUUCGCUGGCAGUUGCCUCUAGGGGCCUAUACUCAACUGGUGUAUCCACGGACCUGAAUGUCACUUACUUAAGUUCCGGUGGUAAAGUGGGAGACACGAUCAAAGCUGAGGUCUCAUGCGAUAAGUUUGGCAAAACGCUUGCAUACACAUCCAUCAAAUUCAUGAAUGAUAAAAGCGAAGUCUUUGCUCGCGGAAGUCAUACAAAGUAUAUUGCUCUUGCGUUUAAGGAUCCAAAGAAUAUUGUGGAAGAGCUUAAGGAAUCUAAGGAGUAGAGAUACUACCUAGAUAUGACUCUAUUGGAAGUACCAGACCAUGUCGUCUUCAUCUUCUUCCUCUGUCUAUAGAUGAAUAAAUCAUUAUAUACCAAUACACCUGAAGGGCCUGGCUAUAACAACCUCAGGAAUAGAAGCUUUUUCCAGACUUCGG